UCACGCCUCCUGCAUACGGGAUGAGGUGAGCAGCGCCGCCGCUGCGAGGGGGCGCGCGCGGGUGUGAGCGUGUGUCCGUGUGCGAGUGUGUGUGCGCCGGGCGGGCACUGCAGCGCCGGCCUCCGUGCAGCGAGCGAGCCGGAGCGAGGCCGUCCCCGGGCCCGGCGCGGCGCCGCCACCAUGCUCAACAACCUGACGGACUGCGAGGACGGCGACGGGGGCGCCAACCCCGGCGAUGGCAACCCCAAGGAGAGCAGCCCCUUCAUCAACAGCACAGACGCCGAGAAGGGGAAGGAGUAUGACGGCAAGAACAUGGCGCUGUUUGAGGAGGAGAUGGACACCAGCCCCAUGGUGUCCUCCCUGCUCAGCGGCCUGGCCAACUACACCAACCUGCCCCAGGGCAGUCGGGAGCACGAAGAGGCAGAAAACAACGAGGGCGGCAAAAAGAAGCCCGUGCAGGCCCCGCGCAUGGGCACCUUCAUGGGCGUGUACCUGCCGUGCCUGCAGAACAUCUUCGGGGUGAUCCUCUUCCUGCGGCUCACCUGGGUGGUGGGCAUCGCCGGCAUCAUGGAGUCCUUCUGCAUGGUCUUCAUCUGCUGCUCCUGCACGAUGCUCACGGCCAUUUCCAUGAGUGCCAUCGCGACCAACGGCGUGGUGCCCGCCGGCGGCUCCUACUACAUGAUUUCCAGAUCUCUGGGCCCAGAGUUUGGGGGCGCCGUGGGCCUCUGCUUCUACCUGGGCACGACCUUCGCGGGCGCCAUGUACAUCCUGGGCACCAUUGAAAUCCUGCUGGCUUACCUCUUCCCGGCGAUGGCCAUCUUUAAGGCAGAAGACGCCAGCGGGGAGGCCGCGGCCAUGCUGAACAACAUGCGUGUGUACGGCACCUGCGUGCUCACCUGCAUGGCCACCGUGGUCUUCGUGGGCGUCAAGUAUGUCAACAAGUUUGCGCUGGUCUUCCUGGGCUGCGUCAUCCUGUCCAUCCUGGCCAUCUACGCCGGCGUCAUCAAGUCCGCCUUCGACCCCCCCAACUUCCCGAUCUGCCUCCUGGGGAACCGCACACUGUCUCGCCACGGCUUUGACGUCUGUGCCAAGUUGGCUUGGGAAGGAAACGAGACCGUGACCACACGCCUCUGGGGCCUCUUCUGCUCCUCUCGCUUCCUCAACGCCACCUGCGACGAGUACUUCACUCGGAACAACGUCACGGAGAUCCAGGGCAUUCCUGGGGCCGCCAGCGGCCUCAUCAAAGAAAACCUCUGGAGCUCCUACCUCACCAAGGGGGUGAUCGUGGAGCGGCGGGGCAUGCCCUCCGAGGGCCUGGCGGACGCGGCCCCCGUGGACAUGGACCACCCCUAUGUCUUCAGCGAUAUGACCUCCUACUUCACGCUCCUGGUCGGCAUCUACUUCCCCUCUGUCACAGGCAUCAUGGCCGGCUCCAACCGCUCGGGGGACCUGCGGGACGCCCAGAAGUCCAUCCCCACGGGCACUAUCUUGGCCAUCGCCACCACCUCUGCUGUCUACAUCAGCUCCGUGGUGCUCUUCGGAGCCUGCAUCGAGGGUGUCGUCCUGCGGGACAAGUUCGGUGAAGCUGUGAACGGCAACUUGGUGGUGGGCACCCUGGCCUGGCCGUCCCCCUGGGUCAUUGUCAUCGGCUCCUUCUUCUCCACCUGUGGGGCGGGGCUCCAGAGCCUCACGGGGGCCCCGCGCCUGCUGCAGGCCAUCUCCCGGGACGGCAUCGUGCCCUUCCUGCAGGUCUUUGGCCACGGCAAGGCCAACGGGGAGCCGACGUGGGCCCUGCUCCUGACGGCCUGCAUCUGCGAGAUCGGCAUCCUCAUCGCGUCCCUGGACGAGGUGGCCCCCAUCCUGUCCAUGUUCUUCCUGAUGUGCUACAUGUUUGUGAACCUGGCCUGCGCCGUGCAGACGCUGCUCAGGACCCCCAACUGGAGGCCGCGUUUCCGCUACUAUCACUGGACCCUGUCCUUCCUGGGCAUGAGCCUGUGCCUGGCCCUCAUGUUCAUCUGCUCCUGGUACUACGCGCUGGUGGCCAUGCUCAUCGCCGGGCUCAUCUACAAGUACAUCGAGUACCGCGGGGCGGAGAAGGAGUGGGGUGACGGGAUCCGAGGCCUGUCCCUCAGCGCCGCCCGCUACGCCCUGCUGCGCCUGGAGGAAGGCCCCCCACACACCAAGAACUGGAGGCCACAGCUGCUGGUGCUGGUGCGUGUGGACCAGGACCAGAACGUGGUCCACCCGCAGCUGCUCUCGCUGACUUCUCAGCUCAAGGCGGGGAAGGGGCUGACCAUCGUGGGCUCCGUCCUCGAGGGCACCUUUCUGGACAACCAUCCCCAGGCCCAGCGGGCCGAGGAGUCCAUCCGGCGCCUGAUGGAGGCGGAGAAGGUGAAGGGCUUCUGCCAGGUGGUCACUUCCUCCAACCUGCGGGAUGGUGUGUCCCACCUGAUUCAGUCUGGGGGCCUCGGGGGGCUGCAGCACAACACGGUGCUGGUGGGCUGGCCCCGAAACUGGCGGCAGAAGGAGGAUCACCAGACGUGGAGGAACUUCAUCGAGCUGGUUCGGGAAACCACGGCUGGUCACUUGGCCCUGCUGGUCACCAAGAACGUUUCCAUGUUUCCUGGGAACGCGGAGCGCUUCUCGGAGGGCAGCAUCGAUGUCUGGUGGAUCGUGCACGACGGUGGGAUGCUCAUGCUGCUGCCCUUCCUGCUGCGCCAGCACAAGGUCUGGCGGAAGUGCAAGAUGCGCAUCUUCACGGUGGCGCAGAUGGACGACAACAGCAUCCAGAUGAAGAAGGACCUGACCACGUUCCUGUACCACCUCCGGAUCACAGCGGAGGUGGAGGUGGUGGAGAUGCACGAGAGCGACAUCUCGGCUUACACCUACGAGAAGACGCUGGUGAUGGAGCAGCGGUCUCAGAUCCUCAAGCAGAUGCACCUCACCAAGAACGAGCGGGAGCGGGAGAUCCAGAGCAUCACGGAUGAGUCCCGCGGCUCCAUCCGGAGGAAGAACCCGGCCAACACUCGGCUCCGCCUCAACGUCCCGGAGGAGACGGCUGCGGACAGCGAGGAGAAGCCGGAGGAGGAGGUGCAGCUGAUCCACGACCAGAGCGCCCCCAGCUGCCCCAGCAGCUCCCCGUCUCCGGGGGAGGAGCCCGAGGGGGAGGGGGCUGCGGACCCCGAGAAGGUGCAUCUCACCUGGACCAAGGACAAGUCGGUGGCCGAGAAGAAUAAAGGCCCCAGCCCUGCCUCGACCGAGGGCAUCAAGGACCUCUUCAGCAUGAAGCCGGAGUGGGAAAACCUGAACCAGUCGGACGUGCGGCGCAUGCACACGGCGGUGCGGCUGAACGAGGUCAUCGUGCAGAAAUCCUAUGACGCCAAACUUGUUUUACUCAACAUGCCGGGGCCUCCCCGCAACCGCAAUGGCGACGAGAACUACAUGGAGUUCCUGGAGGUCCUCACCGAGCACCUGGACCGGGUGAUGCUGGUCCGCGGCGGCGGCCGCGAGGUCAUCACCAUCUACUCCUGAGAGCCAGGACCUGCCACCCGGGCCGAGCGCGCCGGCCGGCGGCCCCGGAGCCCGCGCCGCGCCCCCCGCCGCUGUCACCGUUUACAUCCAGACCCCGCGCCCGCGCCCCUCCCCACCCCGCCCGCUGCCUGCAGCCCGGAGGCCACGUCCGUCGGGGCGGACUCGGAGACCACCGUCCACGCGCGGAGCCCGGAGCCCCCAGCGCCCGGCCGGCGCGGGGGUGCGUCCGCCUCGGCUGGGCCGCGCUGCCCCUUUUUGUAAAACCCGAUCUCGCCCCCCGCCCGCCAGAGGAGACGCUGCAAUAAAGGCCGGGGCGGGGAGGCGCGGAGAGCGGAGAAGCUGGGGGGCUCGGAGGACCCCCCCUGGGGAGCCCGCGCCGCCCUUCCCCCUCUGCCCCGCGCGCCCCGUUCCUCGCUCCGCGCUCCUCCGGCGCAGCGCGGGGCCUCCCCGCUCCGGGCGCCCGGCGGGGCGCGGGGCGCGGGCACGGGCGCGGGCGGGGAGGCCGCUGCGCCGUCGCCGCCGCCCCUGCUCGCGGAGCGGCCGCGCGCGGGCCAGCGAGCCUAUAUAUAGUGUACAGGAGACAUCGCGUGUAUUUUUAACGUCCCCAUAUUUCUGUGACUAGAAGCGCAACGGACUUGGCGCCACUGUCGCGCUCUUCCGCGGGGGGCGCCGGGACGGGCGGAGCGCCGGGGGUGGGGGUGGGGGUGCGGGUAGAGGGGGGGCCCGGGAUGCCCGAGAGUGGAGAGCAAAGCGCUUUAGGCCCAGGCGGGCGUCGCGGCCCCGCUCCCGCCGCCUCGCCCGCGCCGCGCGCCCCUGCCCCGACCCUCCCCUCUCGUCGUGGCGGAGAAGAGGUGGGACGCGCGUCCAGCUUUUCCCGGACGCGCCUGCCCCCCCCCCCCAACGCCCCCCGCUCCAGGCGCGCGCGCGAGACCUCUCCGGCACUAAAGCUGGGGCCAGGGCGGGGGAGAGGGGCGCUCCUCGAGGGGGGGACACCGAGAGGCACUCGCCCCACCGAGGGAGCCCCGCUCCGGUGCCUUCGCGGGGGGAGCGGGCGUCUCCCCUCAGCCGGCCUGUCGCCUGCUCCCCCCCGUCGCCCAUGGCUCCUCGCCAAAGACUGAAAUCCGGGAGCUGGAGGGUGACCGUUAGCUCCCCGCUCCCCGGGACACGUGCGGGAGGAGGGGCGCGAUUCAGGGCUAAGCGCCGGGUCCACCGCGGAAGCCCCCCGCCCCCCCAAUCCGCACCGCCCAGGAUGUCUCCUCCUCCGUCCCCAUCGGCAGCUCUGGCUCGGCUCGGGGGUGGUACCCAGCCCCAGCCGCCCGCCUGCGCGACACGGGGGGGGGGGGGGAGGGGGGAGGGGUGCAGGCUUCGCUGCCUAGCAGCGUCUCCCAGAAACCAGGGCCCCGGAGGGCCCGAGCGGCCCCGUGCUUGGUUCUUAGCGCCUCUCUGCCCUCCCCAGGACUAAGGCCCUUUGGCUUCCCCCCCCUCCCUGGCGUAGGCGCUUCUGUCCCCAGAGAAGGCGCUGGGGCCGGGUGCCUUUACCCCAGGGCACAUCACGACAGGGGACAGGCACUGCAUGCUCGUUCCACCUGUGCCCUCCGGGACUGGGCACGGCACUCCCGCCCCGCCCCGAGGGCCCGACUCUCUCUCGCACCUAGUUAGACACCCUGCCCCCUCCCCGAGCUGGAGCCGCUGGGAACUCCUGACCUCACCAUCCACUUCCUUUGAGCCCAAAGCAGAGCUGGAGCUCAGCGCCACGCAGUCUGGGGCGGCUGAGGCCAGAGGUAGAGCCGAGGGCUGGUCCGGUCUUCCAGGGAGCAAUCAGAACGUUGGAGGUUUGGGACACCGCGGCGCCCCUGCCCCAGCGCCACACGGCCUCCCUGGGGAACCCCAGGUGGCUGAAGUCCUUUCAGGGCCUGGGAAGCCCCAGGCUCGAGAGACGGGCCAGGCAGGGGGGCAGGGGGCUGUGUGAACACCAAUUAGGGAACCAAAGUUGCACUCUCUGGGCCUGGACUGUCUGGUUGGCAAGAGCAAAGUUUCCGUUGAUGAAAACAAACGUUCCACAACAAACACCCAAGUUUUCUGUGCUACAUGUGCAAUAUUUGUUAUGAAUGUCCUCACAAGUCACCCAUCGGAUCAUCUUUAUGACCACUGUAGCUAAUGUUUCAUGUCCAUCCAAGUGACUUUAAUUCGGAGUGCAAUAUUUCAAUAGCCUUGUAGUGAUAGUGUUGCUUUUGUUUUAGCCGAUCUAUGUGCAGGGCAAUGCAAUGAAGUUGAAAACCCUUGUAAAUAGGAGAGGUUGCAAACCAAAUCAAGAGUAUUUAUUACUAUUAUUAGGCCUGCCUUUACUUUCCAGUGUAAGUGUUUCGGUAUUCCGCAUUCUGCCUCAGUAUUGAUCUUGUGUUCUCUGUGCCAAUAUGAAAAGGAGAGGGUUGGUUCUUUCCUUUAUUGUUGAAUGCUCCCAUUUAAUGCUUUACAGCUUUUACUGUAUUUUUUAGACUCCUGUCUGCACAAAAUGCAAUAAAAAUAAUUUUAUUAUACCCUU